AUGUUUAUUAUAUUGUUUUUUAUCUGUAUUACUUAUGCCCCGAUUCAAAGCGUAUAUAGUUCUGAUUCUUCUUUAUCUGAAUUCUACAUAAAAAAUGGUGGUCAUGCUUUACAUGCUCUUCAACGUCUUUUAAAUUUUUUUGAAUCUGAUGCAAAUAAUCUAAAUCUUGAUGGUUUAUAUGGUUUACGUGUAGCACAAGGUCAAUUAAAUGCUCUUGAUCAAAGUUUAAGAUCAGAAGUCAAUAAAAAAAUUUAUUUAACUGAUAAAAAUAAUAUUAUUCAUUCAUUAUCAACACAAAUUGAACGUAUAGCAAAUAUAAGUUUAAAUAGAAUAGCACAGGAAGCAUCAUCAUAUUUACAUCGAUUUUCUCUUAUUAUCCAUCAUCCAUUUGUAAUUAAUUAUCAAUCGAGAAAAAUUAAUAAACAUUUCAUUGAACAUGGUAAACGACAUGCAAAUUUUGAUGAAGAAGAAUCCGACAAAUGUUUUGCUGAAUUACUUGGUUCAAGUGAUCAUUCAAAUUCAAUUAAAUGUCAUGUUAGUGAACCAUGUUGGAAUUUGAUGACAUCUCCAUCGGGUCAAAAUUAUGUUAUAACACAUCAAUUAGUAUGGUUUUUAAUUGCAAAAAAUAUCGGUUGUAUAAAUCGAUAUAUAGCAAAUAAAAAUUUAAAUCAUCUUGAAGAUUAUUUUUGUGCAAAUAUAUAUGAAGAUGCUAAAAACAAUAUAAUUAAUAAUUUUAAUCAAGACUUAUUUCUUGAACAAUUAUUACUUUGUUCCAUGAUUGGUUACGAAGAUUUUUUACGUCUUGAUUGGUUUAAUACAAUAUUAGCAUGGCAACAUCCAGAUUAUGCUUGUUUUAGUGAGGCAUCAGAAACGAUUCAAUUUCAUCGUAAAAUACGACGACAUUUAUUAGUGGAACAAGAGAUGAGUAAUGGUUGUUUAUCACAUAAAAGUGGUUUGGCAGCAGGAUUGUUAGCUACUUAUACGCGAGUUUUUUUGCAAUAA